GGCCUUAUGAAAAAGUGGAUUUUUAUGCAGGAAAAUUUAAAAGAUUGUUAAAGAAAGUCGACUCUUCUAGUGUCUUACCAGAUAAAUAUACUGUAAGACUUUUUCUUAAUGGAUUAAGAAAGAAUAUCAUUCCUCUUGUAGCAUUUAGUCAUCCUAAGAAUGUAGAAGAAGCUAUUAAUGCAGCUAAAUAA